GUCGUUGGGUAUACGCCGCGAUGUUCAGAGCCGCGAACGCGCAACGCAACGUAACGCAACGCAACGCCGCAACGCCAACGCAACGCAACGCCACGCAAAACACAGCAGCAGCAAAUCGCAACCACAGCAACAGCAACAGCAACAGCAGCAGCAGCGAGCAGCAUCGAGCAGCAGCCAGCUCUGAGCUGUCGAGCCGUUGAGCUUGAGCCGCAGUGCCGUCGAGCCUGAGCCUUAAAGCCUGUCGAGCCAAUUGAGCCCAUCAAGCCGUGCUCUCGCAUCCGUUUUCUCUGCGUGUGUGUCUGUGUGUGUGUGUUUUAUAUUUUUUUUUCGUAUGUUGUAGGUAGAGCUCACAGCAGCCAAUCGCCGCCAAACACCGUCGCCGUUGCCGUCGCCGCGAGUCGCUCUUUUCCGCCUAACGCCGUCGCCAUCGCCAUCGCCAUCGCGGUAGUCGUCGUCGUCGUCGUUGCCGUUGCUGCCCGUGGUCAUUAUCGUCGUGCAACAGAGCUUGCAACGCAUGAGAAGCAAAGCUCAUUUGCAUAGCGCCUAACAGUUCAUAAGAAAACUAACUAAAAGAGGAAUCGAAAAAAAACCGAACCAAAAAAAAAAGAAAAAUACAAAACAGAAUCUUCUUUCUUUUCGAUUUCCUCAAUUUAUGCGCAUCUUUUUUUUCGGUGUAUCUACAAAGAUUUUAACUUUAUGCUGCACUCAAGUCUAUAUCGCGCGCAUCCUUAAACAAUAGUUUUUUUUGUCAUUUUUUGUUGAGAACGUCUGCUUGCUGUGCUCUAUGAGCAUUUUGAAAACCACAAACGCGGCCCAGAGACAACUGAAAAAACGCUGAUAUCAAAGGCAAAGUCAAAGCCAAAGCCAAAGCCAGACGGAGCACAGUUUUUUGGGGUAAAUGAGCUGGAAGAGCUGUCCGAGAUAAGGAUGAGGAUGAGGACAUUCACAGACAGGACAAUCGCGAUUAGCCAGCAAAUGUAAUUUGCAAAUAAAUAGUUGCAAAUGAUGAUUAACGUCGCAGCAGCAGCAGCAGCAACAGCAACAACAACAAAAAUCACAUGAUAAUUGAGGAAAAUAUAAUCGUAAUCACCGCGAGUCUCGAAUGCAAUUCGAUUACGUUUCCCAAAUCAAAUCGAAUUCUAACGCAACAAUUUCAAAUUAAAUAUCGUGAACGCGAACGCGAACUCGCGCAUGUCUUUGUAUUGGUGUUCUCUGCGUGUGUGUGUGUGUGUGUGCCUUAAAGUGUGUGUGUGUGUGAAUGAGUGAGCACCAAUACAUAGCCAUAAGUAUUUUUUUCAACAUUUUUUUUACGUUGUUAUUUGUGACGUGCAGCCAAAGAAAUAAUUGGAAUAAUCUGAAUGCAAAUGCAAAUAAUGCCGAUGAAAAUGAUAAUGAAGAUGCUAAUCUCGCCCACAUCACAACAACAAGCAAAAGUCAAAGUGAAAACUAACUAAUAUCAAAGGAAAAGCACGACCCCUUCCCCUCAACAAAAAAGAAGAGAGCGCGCAUCAAGAUAUAUCGUGUAUAUAAUAUGAUCUAUAGAUUCGCAAUCGAAACUCUCUGUAUACAAUUUCCGUUUUCGUUCUUUAUGCUAUUCGAAUCGAAACUUACUAUAUGCAUACAUAUAUAAUUGAUAACAGCUGGUAAUACUUACCUAACACAUACACACAAAUAGCAAUCUCUAUAUUAUAGUAAUAUAUUAUUAUAUAACAAGCUACGAACGUCAACUACGUCACAACAAUGCACUAAGCUGCUAUUUACACCGGAUAUCAUAUUCAUAUCGCCUCCUUAGCAAACACUGGAAAAGGAAAAGGACUAUGCGUCGAGUUAUCAGCGUUGCAGCCACAAAAUAUUUAAUGAAUUUUUUGAUAUAUAAACGAUGCUACUACAUAUAUAAACAAUAAAACAGCUGGUCGCAAUUUAGCUAGAGACAUAUGAACCAAUUGAAUAAAAUUAAUUCAAUGAAUAAAACAAAAAAGCAAAAAAACAAAAAAUAAAUGGAAUGGAUGAGUGAAUGAAUGAAAUGAAUACAACAUAUACAAAUAUCUAAAGCAAGGCAAUAAUAAUUCAUAAAUUCAAUAAUAAUAUUUAAUAAUUAUUUAAUAAUAAACAAUUAAUUAUAUGCAUAACAUUAAAAAUACAAAUUAGUUGUUAUUGCAAAAAAAAAAACAAAAACAAUAAAAAAUUUUAAUUAUACGAACAGCAACACACUCAAUAUAAACAUUUAACAAUAAUUAGCAUUAAACGGUUAACAAUAUAAAAUACAAGAAAUUCAGCAAAUUUGAUAAUUCAUUUGCAUUACCAAAUAACAAAGAAACCAAACAAUUUACGCCAUUGUGAUUCUUAAUUUUAGACAAUUAUGCGAACAAACGCAAAUAAGGCUUAAACCAAACCAAACCAAACCAAAACAAAAAAUGAAAAUGCAUCUAAAAAUAAAGCUUUAAGUAAAGGUAACAAAAAAACAAAAGCCAACAAACACACGACAAGAAGAGCUGAAAGACGAGCAACUGAACGCAGCAGCAACCACAAAUCGAGCCAUAAACGACCAAAAGCCGCAAAAGUUGAGAAGAAAUAACAAAGAAAAUACGAAAUUACAUACAUAUACAUAUAGUAGGCAACAAGCACAACCCAAGCCAAGCCAAAUAAAAUCAAACAAAAAUCCAGAAACCAAACAAAAUAAAUAAUUUAAUAAAUAAACAAACAACAAGCAGAACGCAACGCCAGCCGCCCAAGAAGAAGAAGAACAGAAAAAUUUAUGAAUUACAUUACAUUAGAACACAGAGAGCAACAAAAACCGCAAUAAAUUCUUAGUUCAAGUCCAUCCAGAAGAAGAAAAAUACAAUUUUAAUGAACCGCCUAAACGUAUGCAACAUAAAUUUUUUGGUCAGCGCAACCGAAAUUUUCGAAUGAAGCUAACGUUGCUGUUUCCCUUUACGUUUACGUUUACGUUGCCACUGCUCCCUUUGAACAACUGAUUGUGUUCUGUACUCUGUACUCUGUACUCUGCGCGUAAACUCUGCACAACUCUUCAAUUCAACUUUUGAAAACGUGAAACGCUAUAACUAGAGAUUAACCAAUACAAAGCAAACGACAAACCCUAUGCAAUUAACAUCGGACGAUCGAAUCGGUCAGUUUUAUAAGCAACUCGUUCGUUUUGGAUAAGCUGCCACUGCCAGUGCCACUGCGACGCCCAAGCUGCCAAGAUGACGAUGUGGCAGAGUGGCGGCAUGGGAGGCCAUGGCUCCCAAAACAAUCCAUGGAUGAAACUGAUGGGCAUUGUGCACAAGGAGCGUCGCCACACGGACAACGUGCAGAGCCAGAGCGGUUCCAACGAGCGCAACUUGAAUCAGUCUUUGCCCAAAUUGAGCAGUCAAGACGAAGAAGGGGGGGCUGGUCAUGGCUUUGGUGGCGGACCACAACACUUUGAACCCAUUCCUCACGAUCAUGAUUUCUGCGAGAGAGUCGUUAUAAAUGUAAGCGGGUUAAGGUUUGAGACACAACUACGUACGCUAAAUCAAUUCCCGGACACACUGCUUGGGGAUCCAGCUCGGAGAUUACGGUACUUUGACCCGCUUAGAAAUGAAUAUUUUUUUGACCGUAGUCGUCCGAGCUUCGAUGCGAUUUUAUACUAUUAUCAGAGUGGUGGCCGACUACGGAGACCGGUCAAUGUCCCUUUAGACGUAUUUAGUGAAGAAAUAAAAUUUUAUGAAUUAGGUGAUCAAGCAAUUAAUAAAUUCAGAGAGGAUGAAGGCUUUAUUAAAGAGGAAGAAAGACCAUUACCGGAUAAUGAGAAACAAAGAAAAGUCUGGCUGCUCUUUGAGUACCCAGAGAGCUCGCAAGCCGCCAGAGUUGUAGCCAUAAUUAGUGUAUUUGUUAUAUUGCUAUCAAUUGUUAUAUUUUGUCUAGAAACAUUACCCGAAUUUAAGCAUUACAAGGUGUUCAAUACAACAACAAAUGGCACAAAAAUCGAGGAAGACGAGGUGCCUGACAUCACAGAUCCUUUCUUCCUUAUAGAAACGUUAUGUAUUAUUUGGUUUACAUUUGAACUAACUGUCAGGUUCCUCGCAUGUCCGAACAAAUUAAAUUUCUGCAGGGAUGUCAUGAAUGUUAUCGACAUAAUCGCCAUCAUUCCGUACUUUAUAACACUAGCGACUGUCGUUGCCGAAGAGGAGGAUACGUUAAAUCUUCCAAAAGCGCCAGUCAGUCCACAGGACAAGUCAUCGAAUCAGGCUAUGUCCUUGGCAAUAUUACGAGUGAUACGAUUAGUUCGAGUAUUUCGAAUAUUUAAGUUAUCUAGGCAUUCGAAGGGUUUACAAAUAUUAGGACGAACUCUGAAAGCCUCAAUGCGGGAAUUAGGUUUACUUAUAUUUUUCUUAUUUAUAGGCGUCGUACUCUUCUCAUCAGCGGUUUAUUUUGCGGAAGCUGGAAGCGAAAAUUCCUUCUUCAAGUCCAUACCCGAUGCAUUUUGGUGGGCUGUGGUCACCAUGACCACCGUUGGAUAUGGUGACAUGACACCCGUCGGCGUUUGGGGCAAAAUUGUGGGAUCAUUGUGUGCGAUUGCUGGUGUGCUGACAAUCGCACUGCCGGUACCGGUUAUCGUCAGUAAUUUCAAUUACUUCUAUCACCGCGAAACGGAUCAGGAGGAGAUGCAGAGCCAAAACUUUAAUCAUGUUACUAGUUGUCCAUAUUUGCCAGGUACAUUAGUAGGUCAACACUUGAAGAAAUCAUCGUUGUCUGAGUCCUCAUCGGAUAUGAUGGAUUUGGAUGAUGGUGUUGAAUCGACGCCGGGAUUAACUGAAACGCAUCCUGGACGUAGUGCAGCAGCUCCAUUUUUGGGAGCAUCACAGGCGCAGCUGCAACCGCCGCAGGCAACGCAGCAGCAGCAGCAACAACAACAGCAGCAGCAGCAGCAGCUUCUGCAGCAGCAGCUACAGCAGCAGCAGCAGCAACAGCAGCAGCAGCAGCAACAGUUGCAAUUGCAGCAACAAAAUGGCUUCAAGCAACAACAGUCAACAAUAAGCGUCAGUGCGGCAACCGGCAGCGCUGGCAGCAGCCUCACAAUGAGGCACAACAAUGCGCUGGCUGUUAGCAUCGAGACCGACGUUUGACUACUGGUAAAAAAGAUGUUAAGUGGUAUAAUAUUGGCCUUGUCAAGUGUUACGUUGGAUGCCAGAAACGACUACAAAAGCUGUUUAAGUUUAAUUUAAGUAGAACAAAUAACAAACAAAUUUAAUCUAUUGCUAAAUUUAAUUAAAUUUAAUUAAUACUUAACAAUUAAUAACAACACAAAAUUACAGAAAAAUACAAAAAAAAACAACAACAACAAAGAAAAAAGAAAGAAAGAAUGAGGUAAAAGUAAAUAAUACAUUUAAAAUAUAUAAUUUAAAUAAUUUAAUGCGUAAAGUAAACAAUUAACUAAAUUGAACAUUACAAAAUGAAUAACAACAUCGAAUAAACGAAAGGAAAACAAAUCCCAAAAUAAACUGAAUAUAAUAAUAACAAUAAUUAAUAAUAUGUCAUUAUUAUAAUUAUUAUUAUACAUAAAUGAAUGCAAGCCGAUGAAACCCUUAAUCACACAUUUCAAAUUAAAUUGAAUCACACACACACACAACCCAGAAUCUUCAUCCGUGAAAAUGCAGUUAACGAGUCAAGCAAAAGUUCAAGUGCAUAGAAUUAGGCAAAAUAUCCGUUUACCACAAUCAAACACACAAACACACACACACAAAUGCACAGCAUAUGCAAAGAAGCCUUAACUCAAAAAUAUAUUCGCAGUCUUGCUCAAUAGAUCACUUAACGAUUGCACAGUGGUUCCGCCUAAGGCCAAAAUCAAAACUAAUUAGUAAUUACAUGCAUAUGCAAACAUUUUGUCGCUCCAAUGUCCACUCUUCUUAUUUGCAAACCGGUUUUCGCUGGAAAUCUAACGGGACUUUCUAAAAAUAACAUAGAACUGAAAGCAUGAACACGUGUUCACUUGUGAAGCGUUGUCGAUUCGAUUGUUAAGUUGAAUACUUUUACAGUGUUGUUUUUCCGUUAUCUGAAACUCUCCAAAGUCGACCAGCAAUUCUCUCCAUCUGCAAGGCUAUAAUUGUCUCCAAAAAAAUUCUUUGGGCCUGCAUCCAGCUCAACUCUACAAAAAAAUACACAUUCUGUACGAAGCAUUUUACACACUCACUCAUACUCAUACACAAAACAGAGAGAGAGAGAGAGAGAGAGAGAGAUAGAGAAAAGUAUUCAAAAGAAGCAUAGUAAAAAAAAAACUGCCGUAAUAUUAAUAAAUACAAUUUGUAUAGUAUUUAACAAUGAAAAUAAUUGAUAUAGCAAAUAUGUAUAUGCUUUUUAACUAUGACAGAUGAAAUACUCACUCAGCAUAGCCACAAUAAUACUCUAAUACACAUCACAUACGAGUCACUAUAGAGGGACACAACACUGUAGCCAAUCGAUAGACUUGAACAGAUGAUCUCCUGCUAGGCAUUGUUCAAACUCUUACGAAUUUCCGCACAGACAAAAGAACUCGCUUAAAAUUAUUAAAAACAACCCACCCAACUGCCCAAAUACCUAACCAAACACACCCACACAUAAUGAAAAACUGUAUAAAAUAAAAUAAUAAAAAAAAAAAACACAGAACAAAAACAAAAGAGAGGAACCUGCUAACUUUCUGCUUAAAUCUCCCCCCGAAUAAAAACGAAAUAAAAAGUACAAAUAUUCAUAAAACACAAGAUGAAAAUAAAAAAAACAGGAAAAUGCAACUAAAACCAAAGCAAAAAUCACAACAAAUUAUUUUAAAGACAACAAUAUGAAGAACUUCAACAACAAAAAUGAAUAUAAUUAAAUAAUCCUUAAAUAAAACGACUGCAAUUAAAUAAAACUAAUACUAACUUAAAGUCACAGAUAAUUUUGAGAUAAAUACAAAACAAGGCAAAUCAAAUAUUUAUAAAAAAAAAACCUAAAAAAAAAUCCACAAAAAUUAAGAAAAUUAUUAUGAGUAAUCAGAGGAAAAGAAAGCUGAAGGAGAGAAGCAACAAAAACAAAACAAAAAUGAAAGAUAGAAAACGCUCUUAUGAUUUUAUAAAAUAAAGCAUAAUAAUACUUAUGUGAGAGAUAUGAGAUGUACAUAUGUACACGCGAGUGUGUGUGUAUGUACAUAUAUGUGUGAGUGUAGAGCUGAUAUCAAUGUGGAGGAGAGCUCUAUAAAUAACCAGAUGGAGGCGUAUUUGAACCCAAACAAUACACUAAUGUUGCUUGCCGCAGGAAUAGCCCCAGGGAUGAUAUUCUGUUCUGCAUAGUUCAAAUACUUUCUGCCAAAUAUAUAUGUAUGUGUGCGAGUGCGUGUAUGUGUGUGUGACUGUUGACAUUGUGACACGCCUCCCCACACACUCCCUAGCUACAUGAAAUUUCGGAUGCCGUCUACCAGAAACCAAAGAAUAACUACGAAUACGAAUACGAAGACGAAAAAAGGAAAACAGAAAACAAAAAACAAAAAACAAGUCGACUGAAACUAUGCAAAUACGCUUUUGCAUGGCUGUAUUUAUAAAUAAAUAUCAACAAAUACCCACAAAAACAAAAACAAAAAAAAACAAAAAAAAUUAUAUAUAUACAUACUUACAAAUAGCUGUAUACAAUGACAGAUAGUAUUUGCAAUAUAUGUGUAUGUAGAAAGCAAACUGAUUAAAAAUAAUCAUAAAUAAGUAUUAUUAUUGAUUAUAAUAAUUUAUGUACUCUAUGUUCGGUCUGCCGAAUGUCGAAUACCUUUCUAGAGGAAAACUUUGUGAUCGUUGCCAGGAAAUAAAUCGAUUAUGAAAUGAAAUCGGUGAACUAUACAUACCAUAAAUCCGAUAGAGUCUUGCCUUUUUUAAUAGCCUGCAAUCUGUGGAACAAUGUAGAGCGAGCGAUAUUAAUGGGUAUAGCGAUGAGAUGAUAAUAUCCUCUGCAAGGGUAGAUAAUAAGACACAUUGAAAAUGAUUAUGUGUUGAGCGAUGAGGGUAAGAUGUAGAAGCAUUGAAGCGUAAAUAUUAAAGCUUUGAAAACCGUCCACACACAUACACAUACACGAAGACAAAGACAAAGAGUCACACACAUACACAUACAUAGGAACACACACAUGUCAAAUACCAUGAAAUAAUGUAUACAGACGAAUGAGCAGCAGCCUCCGCUCCCGCCUCCCCCGUCACUGCCCUAACACGCAGCUGCAAGGCAAUGUCAACACACCCACACACACAUACACACACACACACACACAUACAUGUACAUUUUGGCAUAUUUGUAUGAGCUUCUUAAGAAUGCUGAAUGUUUUGGAGACAAGAAACAAAAAACGAAAAACGAAAAACUCAAACGAAAACGAAAUAAGAGAAACGUAAAGUAAAAGCAGCGAGAGCAAAGCAAAGCAAAGAAUCAGCGAUAAGUAUUAAAAGAGAUAGGGAGAGAUAGAAAGAGAGACAGAAAGAAAGAAAUAAAGAAGGAUAGAGAGAGAGAGAGAGAGUAAAAAAGUGCAAGUGCAAGUGCAAGUGCCUUAAGGAACCCAACACAUACUCGUCAUGCGCCGGGUCAUGCCCUUCUCUGCGCAUCUCACUGAGACUAGAUGCCAACUGAGCUCCUGGUUGGAAGACGGCAAGCAACCGAUAUUGGUAAUAUGCAUUAAUAACUACUAUCUGAGUAAAGUAACUAUGACUAAAAGAAGAUAAAGGAGAAGAAGAAAAACACUUGACUACAACUUCAACUGCGCUACAGUAAACGCUCGCUAAUACUCCCCGACCGAAGCACGACAGAUACAUACAUAAGUAUGUUAGAUGGACACACACGGCAUAGUAGUUAGCAAGGGAGCUGGAAAGUAGAUUCAUAUCAACCAAACAAAAUAUAAUGCAAAGAUUCUGUAGUAUUAGACACGCAGGUGCAUAUCAACUGGGUCAGUCAGGCUUCACUGUAGCGUAUCUAUUACUCUGCUGUAAAUACACUUAAAGCACUUUCAACUUUCGAUGCAACAGCAAAUUAGGUGAAUAGUUAAUUGGUAUUUUGUACAAACAAAUGGGAAAUAAACAAAUCGGUAAACAAUUAAAAAUCAUUAAUACAAUUUAAACCGAAAAUAAAUAAAUAAAUAAAUAAUACACAUCAUAAACGAAAUUAUAAAAAAGCAAAUAGAAUUAUCAUCUAAUGUACUAUAUAUGUUAUAUAUAAUAUUGUAUUGUAUCUAGUCAUACCAAAGUCCUGUAUCUAUAAAAUAGAACUAAAUGCAACCAAGCAAAAAACAACCUCCAGACAUUUUAAGGCAAAACACCAACAAAAAAAAGAAACAAAAAAAAAACAAAUUCAAACAUUUUUAUUAUUUACAUAUAAAGAAAAGAAUUCGCUUAUUUAAACUUAAGUUUUAUGAUUUAGCGUGAAGAAUUCUAGCAUAAGGUAAAACCAAAAAACAAAAAGAAAGCAAAAUGGACUCGUUCGAGUUUCGAGAUUAAAAUAAGGUUGUUUUUUUUUAUAGGCAUUAAACUAGGCAAUUGACUAAAUGAAAAGUGACAGCUAGCAUGAAUAACAACUUACUUAUUGUGUAUAGAUCGAAGUACGAAAAUGUCGUGGAUUCAUAGCGGGCAUUAAGUUAUUCAUUUUGGACCCAUUAAACAACAAUAUUCGUUAUUCAAGAGCAAGAACAAGACGAGCCAUUUCAAUUGACUACUCUUAACACUAGCAAAGAAUACCGAAAAACAAAAAUACAAAUAUUAAGAAAAUUUGGAAUAAAUGUGUUCAGCGACAAAAUGUUAUUAUAUGUUUAAAUGAAUAAAAUUAAAAACCCCAAAUUGAAUGGAAAUUAGAAAGGUAGAGACAGCGAUAGUACGAUAGCAAGAUGAAAUGAAACAACACAAAAAUUUAAUUUAAUUAAAUUUAAUUAAGUACAUUAAUAAAAUUCUAAACAAUUCAAAAUUGUAUAUAAGUACAUGUAAUGAAUGGUAAACUACAAAUCCAGGCUUACCCUCCCAAACAAAUAUAUCAAUAAUAUCACAUUGUAUAUUUCAAAAAAAAAAAAAAAAAAAAAAAAGAAAAUCACAAAAAAAAAAACAAAUAGCUCAUAAACCAAAAAGAAAAAAAAUUAAAAAGUAAACCAACAAAAAAAAAAUGAAAAAUUGAAAUUGAAACUCAUAAGAACAACAACCAAGAAAAGAAAACCCAAAAGCUGAUCAUUGAAAUAAAAAAACACGCUAUGAAAAUAUGCGGAAAAAAUGAAAAUCACAUGAAUUUUUUUGUAUUUUAGAUUGAGAACCAACAAAAAAAAAGAACAAAA